AGAAUUCAGAUUACUUUACAGUGGGCCAACAUGGUUACCCCAUUUGUGGAAGAUUGGAAUUUUGUCCAAGUCCUUGGUGAAGGUGCUUAUGGAGAGGUGAAGUUAGCGGUGAACGUCAGGUCAGAGGAGGCAGUUGCUGUCAAGAUAAUAGAUCUGUCAAAAGUUGGUUCAAAUGCAGAAGCUGUGCGGAAAGAGACAAUUAUACACAAACUACAGAACCAUGACAACAUCAUCAAAUUCUACGGCCAUCGAACUGAAGACAAAAUCCAGUACCUCUACCUUGAAUAUGCCAGCGGGGGAGAGCUAUUUGAUAGAAUAGAACCAGAUUCUGGUAUGCCAGAGGUGGAUGCCCAGCGGUUUUUCAAACAGCUCAUGUCUGGAGUGGAAUACCUCCAUACUCGUGGCGUAGCUCAUCGUGAUCUCAAACCAGAAAACUUGCUGCUCGAUGAAAAUGAUAAUCUAAAAAUCACAGACUUUGGUCUUGCUACGAUGUUCCGAAUCCAAGGUGUUGAACGAAAACUCGAGCGAUGCUGUGGCACGGUACCAUAUGUUGCCCCGGAAGUGAUCCUUGCUUGGAAGAAAGCAUACCAAGCUGAACCCGCUGAUAUCUGGUCUUGUGGCAUUAUACUCGUGGCGCUACUAGCAGGAGAGCUCCCCUGGGAUGAGCCGACCACAAGCUGCCAGGAAUACAAUGAUUGGAAAGAAUGUAAAAUAACCAUAACACCAUGGUCGAAGAUAAACAAUCUACCUCUCUCAUUAUUGAGAAAGAUCUUGACUGACUCUGUAUCAAAGCGAGCGAACAUGUCUGUGAUAAAGAAGCACCAAUGGUUCACCAAGAACUUCAAAGCAAAAGGUCGAACAUCAUCGACGAACUCGCCUGCCAUAUCCGACUCCCCCUUCGGAAGCUGUGGCUUCAAACGAGUUUGCUCAGGCACCGACUUCUCACCUCCUCCUGUCAACACCAGAUCUGAAUCGGGUCGGGUUUGCUUCUCCCAACCAGAGCCACGCAGCUCCGACCUCAACACGUCCUUGGAAUCAGCCGACACAAGUGAUGACUGUCACCGUAGCCUGUCGGUCUGCUUCUCACAACCAGCACAUACAGCAGAUCACAUGUUGCUUAGUAGCCAGGCCCUGGGAACUCAGGGAUCUUCUCAGACUCCGAUGCAACGACUAGUGAAACGUAUGACAAGAUUCUUUGUCACAACCGACACAGAACGCACAAUCAAAGAACUGCACAGGGCCUUUGAUAAACUGGGGUAUACUUGUAAGACAAACAGCUUAGGCCAGAUCACCAUGACAACUCUAGAUAGGCGAAAGAUGAACCUGACCUUCAAAGUUUGCUUGAUUGACAUGGGAGCAGAUAUAUUAUUGGACUUCAGAUUAUCUAAGGGCGAUGGUAUUGAAUUCAAGCGACACUUCCUGAAGAUCAAAGCUCGAUUGGCGAAUAUCAUCAGCAGUCGGCUGCCCACAUGCCCCAUGUUCUUCACUCAACAAUAAAAUGCACUGGAAAAUCUCGUGAAGUUGUUGUUUGGAGUGACUUCACGUCACAUUUCAUCGGAAGUUUUGUGCUCAUGAGAAGUUACAUCGGAAUGUAAUCAUGAAGAGACAUACAUGUAGUCAUCAAAAGAAGACAGGACCUUUGGCAUAAACAGUUGGAACCACUUCUUCUGGUACUAUGUUGAUAGAAUCUUAAUAAACACUGGAGUACUCAAACUUUGUGAAACGAGCUGAAUACAUGUAGACCUCAAGGAAACAAUAUAUUCUGAUGAUGAUAUGAUUAAUGUGAGAUACCUUUGUAUAAAUAAUUGGUGCUCGAUUGGAACUUUGUGAUGUGGAUACCUCCACACAAUGGGAGG